GAGCUGUGAGAGUUCAGGGAGCCAAGGAAGCCAGUGUUUAUCACACUUCUAGUCUGUGGUGCCAGGUGCUGUGUGAGGCCAUGCACAAGUGGCCCCAUCUCCUGCUGGUGACCUGGCUGUGAAUUCCAGCCCCAUGGCUUUCUCCAUGAACAUGGCAGGUCAUGGGUCCUCACCGAGCGUUCUGUGACGUGCCCAGCCCAGUGGCAAGCAUAUAGGAAGGGCUCAUUAAAUGACUAUUGUAAUAGUCCCAACAUGAUGCAGGUGCCCAGGGAAUAUCUGUUCCCUUCUACCACCUCCAGCCCCUGAACUGGACCAAAAAGAUUUAGACUUUACAAAGCUGUCUUCUCACCACUUAGUUGAUUAUUAGAUCGAACCAUAUGAAAUUGUUCAUAGUUGACUUUGACAAAGAAAACUGGCAACUUCAUAUGGUUCAAUCGAAUACCUCUUGGAUAAAUUUCAGGAAGUGUGUUUUAGGUCUGCAGAGCCUAAAGUAAGUAAAUAAUAGGAACUUUUAAAAGUAAAUAAUAGGAAUUUUACAAACUCAAAGUGGGUUUGAUCCCUACUCAGAAGCCUCAUAAUCUUGCUGUAAGCUGACCUGGCACUUAGCCAAGCUCAGCAUAUUGACUCGGCCUGAGCUCCCUUCUCUUCAAGGGAGUCAGGUGUUGAGUCUAAGAAUAUAUUGUUUGGUUCCCCAGUCAGGGAACUGGCCCUGAGGACCGCCGUGCAGGAGGCCUAAUGAGUCUUCCAUUUGGGAUGAUGACAACGCCUGCCAUUUCUGAAGCACCUUCAUUUAUUUCCGUCAUUUCAUGGACUCCCUCCACACCUCGGGGAGGAGGACAGGAUCCCUGAUUAUUCUCAUCCGAGUUCUGCAUAGUGAUUCAGGACGGGACUAGGAAUCAGAAUCCCUCACAGGUUGAUUCUUACGAUGUGACAGUGGAUGAAGAACUGGGCGACAUCCAGCUGGUCAAAAUCGAGAAGCGCAAGUACUGGCUCCAUGAUGACUGGUACCUGAAGUACAUCACGCUGAAGACGCCCUCCGGAGAUUACAUGGAGUUCCCCUGCUACCGCUGGAUCACCGGCAACGGCGAGAUCGUCCUGAGAGAUGGACGAGGCUCUUCUCACACUUGUCCUUUCCUCACAGCAAAAUUGGCCCGUGAUGACCAAAUUCACAUCCUCAAGCAGCACAGACGUAAAGAACUGGAAACGCGGCAAAAACAGUAUCGAUGGAUGGAGUGGAACCCUGGCUUCCCCUUGAGUAUCGAUGCCAAAUGUCACAAGGAUUUACCCCGAGAUAUCCAGUUUGAUAGUGAGAAAGGAGUGGACUUCGUUCUGAACUACUCCAAAGCGAUGGAAAACCUGUUCAUCAACCGCUUCAUGCACAUGUUCCAGUCUUCCUGGAGUGACUUCGCCGACUUUGAGAAAAUCUUCGUCAAGAUCAGCAACACUAUUUCUGAGCGAGUUAUGAAUCACUGGCAGGAAGACCUCAUGUUCGGCUACCAGUUCCUGAAUGGCUGCAACCCCGUGUUGAUCCAGCGCUGCACGAAGCUGCCCGAGAAGCUCCCAGUGACCACGGAGAUGGUGGAGUGCAGCCUGGAGCGGCAGCUCACCUUAGAGCAGGAGAUUGAGCAAGGGAACAUUUUCAUCGUGGACUUUGAGCUGCUGGAUGGCAUCGAUGCCAACAAAACAGACCCCUGCACACUGCAGUUCCUGGCCGCGCCUAUCUGCCUGCUGUACAAGAAUCUGGCCAACAAGAUUGUCCCCAUUGCCAUCCAGCUCAACCAAGUCCCAGGAGAGGAGAACCCCAUUUUUCUCCCUUCGGAUGCAAAAUAUGACUGGCUUCUGGCCAAAAUCUGGGUGCGCUCCAGUGACUUCCACGUCCACCAGACCAUCACCCACCUUCUGCGCACACACCUGGUGUCUGAGGUGUUUGGCAUCGCCAUGUACCGCCAGCUGCCUGCCGUGCACCCCAUUUUCAAGCUCCUGGUGGCACACGUGCGGUUCACCAUCGCUAUCAACACCAAGGCGCGCGAGCAGCUCAUCUGCGAGUAUGGCCUCUUUGACAAGGCCAAUGCCACAGGGGGCGGUGGGCACGUGCAGAUGGUGCAGAAGGCCAUGCAGGACCUGACCUACCCCUCCCUGUGCUUCCCUGAGGCUAUCAAGGCCCGGGGCAUGGACAGCACAGAGGACAUUCCCUAUUACUUCUACCGAGACGACGGGCUCCUGGUGUGGGAGGCCAUCAAGACGUUCACGGCCGAGGUGGUGGGCAUCUACUACGAGAGCGACCAGGUGGUGGUGGAGGACCAGGAGCUGCAGGACUUCGUGAGGGACGUGUAUGUGUACGGCAUGCGGGGCAGGAAGGCCUCAGGCUUCCCCAAGUCCAUCAAGACCCGGGAGCAGCUGUGUGAGUACCUGACGGUGGUGAUCUUCACAGCCUCAGCCCAGCACGCAGCCGUGAACUUCAGCCAGUACGACUGGUGCUCCUGGAUCCCCAAUGCCCCCCCAACCAUGCGGGCCCCGCCGCCCACAGCCAAGGGUGUCGUCACUGUCGAGCAGAUUGUGGACAUGCUGCCGGACCGUGGCCGCUCCUGCUGGCACCUGGGCGCAGUGUGGGCGCUGAGCCAGUUCCAGGAAAAUGAGCUGUUCCUGGGCAUGUACCCAGAGGAGCAUUUCAUCGAGAAGCCUGUGAAGGAGGCCAUGGCCCGAUUCCGCAAGAACCUCAACGCCAUUGUCAGUGUGAUCGCCGAGCGCAACAAGAACAAGAAGCUGCCAUAUUACUACAUGUCCCCAGACCGGAUUCCCAACAGUGUGGCCAUCUGAGUGGCUGUCUGAGCCAGUCUCACUUUAUGACAGCCAGCUGCUCAAGGCUGGGCUGGGCACCCAGACUCCAGCCUGCCUGGGGCCAGCGGGCUCACAGGGCGGCCACAGGGCAGGCCCCCUGGCAGCUUGCUCCUCCGAGGCCCGCCAGGAUUCCUGGGAAUUGAACCCUCAGGCCCCAGGCUGACUGGCUUCAAACCAAAGGCUGCCCCGUGUUGGGCCACGUUAUAGCUAAGCUUUGGUGCAUUUUCCUGUUUGUUCCUCAGUCUUUAGUGAAUCUCAUUCUUUGAUGAAAGUGUGUAAACACUGCAGAGACUCCUCCUACACAGGGCAGGACUGGGUAGCUUCCUGCCCCAUGCCCAGCUCAGCACUUCCACACCAGGCAGCUACAGCAAAUCAGGAUAACUGAUAGAUGUUUGUUCUUGUUGGAGAUGUGGAAUGAUUAUGUUCUGUUCCUUUUCUGCUUAGUCCAAUUUAUUGCAUAUGGUAGGUGCCCAAAUAGAUUUAUAUUAAAUGACUUAAGAAUUGGUUGUCAUAAAAAUAAAGGAGUGCUUUUCAAACAGA